AUGACUGUUGAUGAUUCGGUAGCUGAAAUCACUCCAAAGGCGGAGACCGAGUACCUGACAUGUGAAAAGGACUCCUACAAAGACUCACCUCACUCUCCAGGGCGAGGCCCCCCAAGCACCCUCACCUUCCCGCACAUGCGCACAAGGCUCACCCGGACUCCAUGCCCCAGCAGGCUUUGCGCCAAACUCACCCGUCCCUCCCCCGCCCCCACGUCCCCUCACCCCAACACUCGGAAUCGCCCGUUCUACCCAACAACUCGCCGCCGCCGCCUCCUCCUCGGCCAGCUGGGAACUACAACUUCCAAGAAGCAUCGCGACAAAAAGCGGCUUCCCAUUGGCCGUCACUGCGAUGACUCUCGUGCGCCGGUGCGUCCGGAGUCAGCCAUCUCUGCCUGCCCAGAAACUACGUUUCUCAAGAUGUGCAGAAGCCAACCUGCUCCCUCUUGGCACCCCGUUGCGAAAGGGGCGCUUCUAAUUUUGGACCACAUCUCCCAUGUUUCGCGUGGUGAAUCUGUGCACCGCGUGCAAGCGGCACCCACGGAGGCCAGAAGAUCCCAGUGGAAAGAAGAAAAAAGAGACUCAGUUCUUGUCACGGAGCCAUGUGAGGACUUAGCUGCCUCCUCCUCUAAUGCCCUUGACUCUCUGUUGCCCCCACCCCAGACUACUCCAGCCCCUGCCUACCUUCAGCAGGCUGUUUCCACUAAAGUUGAGGUAUCGUGGCAUAUGUCUGUUAUCCAGAACCUCCACCUUUUCCAUCCCUUUGCUGGUACAACUAAGGAUGGUGACCUGCCUCCUGCUGCUACCGAGGAGUCUGGAUACCCAUGUGGUAAUUCAUCACAGCAGGAAGACCCUUACCACUGUCCAAGGGAUCAGAUCGCUGGUGGCUGUGCUAAAAAGAAACUCCUGAAGGUGUUUAAGAAGAAAUUCGCCUGCAGUGGUCCUGUGGUUGAACAUCCAGGGAUGAGGAAGCAAUUCAGCUACAUGCUGACCAGCACAAGAACAUACACCAGUUCCUGAAAGAGCCUGUCCCGGCUAAGAACCGUCAGCUAGCUGAAGGCUGGUGGAUUCUGAAGCUUCAGUGAGGCUUUCCUUGCAAUGGCUAAAACUUCCCUUCUGUCCCUUGUCACAAAAACCUACAGCCCAGUUAACUGUUGGGAGUGUCUGCUUUUUUUCAUUUUUUUGAGAUUUAUUUUAUUUUGGAGUAUGAGUGUCUGUACUGUAAACUGAGAGUCUGAAGAGAGUGUUGGACCCCUGGGACUGGAGUAGCCCCCAGAGAGGUGCUCUACCACUGCACCUGCAUGGUAAGCCACCAUGAUGUGGGUACUGGGAACUGAACCCCAGUCCUCUGCAAGAACAGCAGGAUUCUUUUUUGUUGUUGUUGUUGUUGUU